UACAGCGAGAUUUCAUCCUCCAUUACAGAAAACGGCAAUCUCAUCGUGGUUUUGUUUAUCUUCUGAAAAUUCGCAGGAACCGUAGACACAAAACUGAUUGGCUUUGAAACAGAGAAAUGGAUUCACAUAUGAAUGAACUUUAUGGAAAUAAUGGACCGAAACAAGUUCACUUCAGUCCCUAUGCUUUCAAUGGAGGGACUGUAUUAGCUGUAGCUGGUGAAGAUUUCGCUGUUGUUGCUUCUGAUACCCGACUAAGUGAAGGCUUCUCAAUCCAUUCUCGGGACACACCAAAAACAUAUAAAUUAAGUGACAAGACUGUUUUAGGUAGUUGUGGUUUCCAUGGAGAUGUCUUAACAUUAACAAAAGUAAUUGGAGCUAGACUAAAAAUGUUUGAACAUAGCCAUAAUAAGAAGAUGAGUACAUCAUCAAUAGCUGCCAUGUUAUCUACUAUGUUAUAUUAUAAAAGAUUUUUUCCUUAUUAUGUUUAUAAUAUUAUUGGUGGUAUAGACGAUGAAGGUAAAGGAUGUGUUUAUAGCUUUGAUCCUGUAGGAUCGUAUGAAAGAGAAGCUUACAGAGCUGGUGGUUCAGCUAGUUCAAUGUUACAGCCUUUACUGGAUAAUCAGAUUGGUUUUAAAAAUCAAGAAGGUGCCACGGUUGUCCCCCUUAGCAAAGAAAAAGCUGUAGCCUUGGUUAAAGAUGUGUUUAUCUCAGCAGCUGAAAGAGACAUAUACACAGGGGAUGCCAUUAUAGUCCAGGUUGUCACAAAAGAUGGUGUAAAAACAGAACAAUUUCCAUUGCGUAAAGAUUAAAAUUCAAAUCAUCCAGUCAUCUUGGUCAUUAAACAUUGGUGCAGAUAUUCAAACCAUUAGCUAUAUAUGUAUUUGUUAAGACAUUUCACUGUAUAUAAUAAAUAUUAUUAAUAUCAAAA